UCACGCUACGUAAAAUAGCUACGGUUCAAGUAUGGUUCAGUAAAACUGUGCAGUUAAUGUAGCGUGAGUGGGGCUUUUUUUGGUUUGCGCAGUUGGACGGAACCAUAACAUAACAAUAUCCAACGUGUUUGAUAUUUUCGCGGCUUGUGGCUGUACCAUAACGCAGACCAUAACCGUGUGUGGGUGUUUUUGCUCAGUUUUGACUAAAGGAAAUCGUGAGCACGUGUUUAGCUGAAAAAUAUAUUUGCUAAUUUCGUUUAUCUUUUUUUAUUUUCAGGUGCAUUUUCCCCAACAUGGAAAAUAAAUUUAGCAGAGAAUUCUUAAGUGAAGUAAUAGAACUGUAUAGAAGUUUCCCGUGUUUGUGGAAAAUAAAAAGCAAAGAAUAUUCAAAUAGAAAUAAAAAAAAUGAGGCUUACAUGGAACUUGUGAAGAAAUUCAGAGAGAAAAUACCGAAUGCAGAUAGAGAUAUGAUAGUGAAAAAGAUAAAUGCUAUGCGCAGUGCAGUGCGGAAAGAACAAAAGAAAAUUGACCAAUCUAAAAAAUCUGGCUCAGGAGAGGAUGAGAUCUACAAACCAUGUUUGUGGUAUUUUCAUUCAUUUGAUUUCUUGAUGGACCAAGAUGUUCCUCGGGCUACUUGCAGCUCAUUGAAUGAAACUACAUUUGUUGAGGAGAGCAAUGAAACAGGUGAGGACUCGAUUUCGCCAUGGACCACUCUCCAGACUGCACCACCAACACCUAGCCCGUCUUCAGUGCCAACUCACAGCCCGUCUCCAGUGCCAACUCACAGCCCGUCUCCAGUGCCAACUCCCAGUCCAUCUCCAGUGCCAACUCCCGGCCCGUCUUCAGGCCCAAGUCCCAGCCCGUCUUCAGGGCCAACUCCCGGCCCGUCUUCAGGCCCAACUGAACGUGAGUUUCAGGAAACUCAGCCUCCAAAGCGACGGAAGAAAGCAGACCAAAAAGAUGUACUUGAUUUGCUUCUUAAGCAAAUUGCCUCAAAAGAGGAAGCUACUAGAGAGUUCACUCAUUAUGCAAAAGCAUGGGCGCAAGAGUUAGCAAAAAUGGAUCCAACACAAGCCGAUGAGUGUUGUCGCAUAAUUAGCGAUGCCAUUUACAAGGGCAAGCGAGGGCUCCUUCGGCCAGAUACAAUAAUUUCGCAACGAGUAACCGACGCUCAGCAAAUUGUAGAAUGCUCUGCAGGCAACCAACAUGAGGACCUCGCAGGUUUUUUUUCUAACUUUCAAGGUUCAGAAUUUCAUAAAUAAUGCAU